AUGAAGCUACUCACCGUCGCCGUUUUGUCGUUGUAUCUUGAUCAUGCCGUCUUUGCUCAGUCAGAGUUGUCCAUCUCGAGUUUCGAAGUUAAAUUCACGGAAGAUUCUGGUGUGCUUCGGUCACUCCGACCGUCGACAGGCCCGUCGUUCGACUUCUCGCCCUCGGACGUCUUCCAAUACCGCAAUGAAGCCGGACAAUACCACACCGGGGACUUGACUUUCCACUACAGGACGACAGGGUCAUCGCAAUGGCAGUAUGGAGAUACUGCUGCUUGUCGGAAGAAAUGUCCGAUUGCCUCUCAUUCUUCAGCCGACGCCAUUACGUCGAACUUGAAUGAAGGACUACCGCAUCUCGAAUCCUCCUCGCUCAACGUCACUCGCAGCUGGUCUGGCCAAGCUGGCGAUCUAGCCUUGUCGUUUACCAUUGAGAACAAUGGAGAUGAAGCGAUAGAGUUGGGCAGUCUUGGGAUGCCGAUCGAGUUCAACAACAUCUUUACCAAUCGUUCCGCCACAGAAGCAACGGAGAAGUGUGUCUUUGUGGACCCGUACAUCGGUCUCGACGCAGGGUUCCUUCAGGUUACCAGAUUGACGGGUACAGGUCCGAGUCUCGUGAUAACGCCGCUGAACGAUGCGUCCAAAUUUGAGGCCUGGCAGUUUCUCGAGGAGCCUGAGGACGUGCCGUUAGGAUAUCGGAUCCAAACCUACGAGGGAAACUAUGCGUAUCAAGUGCAUACUUCUGCGCUGGCAGAGACUCAAUGGAGAGAUGCUGAGCCUUGGAAUCCGCCUACGUCAGCUGUCUUGGAAGCGGGAGAAUCUCUUACGGUGGGCCUUCGCUUUUCGGUUGCCUCCGGUGUGCAGCAGAUUGAGGAUAAAGUGGCAGAGCAUGUGCCAGUCGCUGUUGGUACACCGGGUUACGUUGUGCCACAAGAUCUGACGGCAAAGCUGUUCCUGAAGUCGAGGUCCGACAUCAGUUCAAUCAAUGUGUAUCCGAAGCACGCAUUAAGCGUAGCUGGCUGCGGCACCUACGACAAUUCUUGGAAAGGCUUCGACGUUACAGCCUCGCUCAAAGCUUUUGGCCGAGUGCGACUGGACAUCGUUUACGAAGACGGCACCCACCAGGCAGUACACUACUGGAUCGCGCACUCAAGUCCAAAAGCCGUUUCAGAACUUGGGUCUUUCUUGACACACGAGCAAUGGUAUACAAAUACCUCUGACCCCUUCGGAAGAGCACCAUCCGUCAUCACCUACAACCGCACAGCAGAUGACUACGUACUACAAGACAACCGGACGUGGAUAGCAGGCUUGAGCGACGAAGGCGGCGCUGGAUCAUUCCUUGCCGCUGGGAUGAAGCAAGCUAUCGCUCCAAAUGCCCCCGAGGUGGCCAAGCUUGAGCAGAUGGUCGAGCAGGUGGUUUGGGGAAGACUCCAGAUCUCGUCCGGAAACGAGACAUAUGCUGUCCGGAAGAGCUUGUUCUACUACCAACCAGAGCUGGUGCCCAAUUAUGAGUACGACCCGUACUUCAACUGGACAAUCAACCCCGGAGAAUCGUGGGACAAGGAGGCAGCGUAUCUCAUCGAUCGUACUUACGACUACGUGCACGUCUCUGCGCUCUACUGGGGCCUCUACCGCGCUGGCAGAACGAAUCCAGAUAUCCUGUCUCGACACUCAAAAGAAUGGUACCUCUCACAGGCGUACAACACAGUCAGAUACUCCGUCAGCAAUACCUCCGACGGCACGCCUCGGACAGGCUACUGGGACGUAGGCCUAAUGGGUGAAACAGUCUGGGGCCUCUUACUAGCAGACCUAUACGCCGAAAACUACCCCGAAGAAGCAGCGCACAUGGAGCACCUGAUGCAAGCUCGCCAAGCCCUCUGGGCCGGCCAAGCAGACCCCUUCGGCAGCGAGAUGGCCUGGGACUCAACAGGCGAGGAGGGAGUCUACUACUGGUCGCGCUACUUCAACGACUCCGCCACCGCGGACAAGUCCGUCAACGCCAUACGAGGCUACAUGCCGACGAUCCCUCACUGGGGCUGGAACGGCAACGCGCGCAGGUACUGGGACUUCUUGUACGCUGGCUCGAUUGACCUUGCGCGGAUUGAGAGGCAGAUCCAUCAUUAUGGGUCUGGCCUCAAUGCGCUGCCGAUGCUGGAUAAUUACAGAAGACACGCGGACCCGCAGAGUUUGGACGCGAUCUAUGACCUCCGUAUCGGCUAUGGAGGGAAUCAAGGUCCGUUGACUAAUAUCGACGAAGAUGGGUUUGGGAGUAUGGCGUUCCACUCGUACCCAGAUACACUGAUAUGGGACGCUUAUAGUGGAGACUACGGGCCUAACUUCUUGGGCCAUGUGCUGGGCGCUGCGACGUACUUGGUCGACCAUCCCACUUUCGGCUGGGUCAGCUUUGGUGGGAAUGUGAAGGUGUCGGAGGAUGGGCUGAUGGUGAGGUGUGAACCGCGAGAUGCUGUGAGGCGGCGAAUAUUCGUCGCAGCGAUCAGCUUAUGGGUGGAGAUCGAUGCCGGCACGAUUGAGUACUUCACUCUUGAUGCGAAGACUCAGCAGGUGAAGAUCAGUGUUUCAGGCGAGAGCACCCAACGGACCGUGAUGGUAUGGGAGCAGACAGGAGGUGAUGCCAAGGGGCCCAAGAUGAAGCCGGCGACUAAGGAUUUGAAGCAAAGAACGAAUGGGUAUGAGUUGACCUUGCCAACGACGGUCAGCUUUACUGCUGAGUGA